CGUUUGACAGCUGUAACAGAAAGCCGCCUCAAAACAUCAACAAAACAGCACACAGCGUGCUGUUUUUAGCGCCUAUCGCAAUGUACCGAACGGCGGAAAUCUCUGUGAAGCGAAUCUAUUGUUAAUAUUUAAUUGUGUUGCGUUUGUGUAUUGGAGAACGAAAACAUGUUAUAGAUGUAUAUUGUUAGUUUGCUGUACGCUCGCGUUUGUAGUGCAAAACUGUGGCCAGCAUGUCGAAACGGUCGGGAUACUUUCAGCUGAAGCAACCGCUAGCCUCGAAGAAACCGAAACUCGACAUCGAAAUCAUACCCAGCCAGCAGUACCAUCCGGUGCAGCCCAGCACAUCGAAAGCAAACAAUGCACCGAAUGGUGCCGCUCAAAGCUCGGUAGAAAACCUGUGGGACGAUGACGACGAUGAUAUCAUUGUGCUUGCCUCGCAGGCCGUCGAAGCGUACGAGGCAGACAUCACGUUCGGUAAGUUUAGUCGGAGCGUAAAGUCCAGCACGCAACGAACGACGGAAGUUGUCACGACCGGUCAUAGCGGUGCCAAGGGCCCCGGCAAGGUACCGGACAAGCUGGUGGCGGAACUGUUUGCGGACGGGGAGGAUGAUCUGUUUUCGGAAAAGUUGGACGACAAUUACCGCAAUUUCGAUAACGCAAUCAACGACUACUUCAACAACAACGAUGAUGAUUUCAAUCUGGAUGAGUUCCGGCAGCAGGAGCAGGCACCGCUGGUCGGUGGCAGGCGUGAGCCUGUUCCGCCUAAGCCCGUUAAGCUUGAGGAGGAUUUUAAAGUACCACCCGCCCCACCACCGGUAGUGAAGCUGGAGGAUGAACCAGUGGGAAAGUUGUUCCCGAAGCAGGAAGAAACACCUUCCACUUCACGGUUGGGAAUGUUCCGGCCAAAAAUACCUUCCGCUCAAUCGUUUAAAGCCGCACCAACACCCACACCACCGGCUAAACCAGUGCCAUCCGUACCACCGAAGGAAACUCAAACUCAGAAGCAAGAGCAAGCGAAAGACAUUCAGGUAAAGUUUCUCACCAAGCACGUGGAACAGCUGGUCAAGAAGGUGGACAGCCUGCAGAAGGAUUUUAACGAGGCGGUCGAAAAGGUGCAGGUAAAGGAUGGCGAGGUGUCAAUGCUGCGGUACGAGCUGAAAAUGGUCAAAAGCACCAACGAGCAGCUCCGGCUGGAGAAGAUCCGCGAGAAGGAAACGAUCCAGAAGGAGUGGGUCGAAAAGAUGAAGAAUCUGGAGAAAACUAUCUCGGCGCAGAAGGUGGAGAACGAAUUUAAGGAGAUGGAGAUAAUGAAUCUAAAAACGAAGCGCCUAAACGCGACGCUACGCUGUGCGGACGUUCCGUCUGCUGCGGCACAACUAGACCCGGCGCCGGCUGUAACAGAGGAUUGCUUCAUACUGUCCGAUAUGAUGCCGAAACUAGCGCUCACGGAACAGGCGGUGGAUCAGUACGAAGCGUACCAGAUCGAUCCGCUGCUGUUCGCAAAUCCAACCGACAGUUCCGCCCAAGGACGUAAGCUACGAAAGUAUUCUCGAAUCACCCGGAACGAGUUUGCGAUUGCCGAUCAGCUCGUGCUACUGCAAACGAUCCUAUCUCAGUUGCUAAGCAACGCGACCGCUUACGGUGUUGGGUCGGAAAGGAUGCAACUGACGGCGGACAAGUACCCAAUCGUAGCGAUAGCAACGGAGAAAGCUUUGAACGAGAUCGUACUGUACUGUCAACGGUUGGGACAGCAGAACGAAGCGGAACUAAGGGCCAGCGCGUCCGGACGGUCCAGUGAGCGAAGCGUCCAAGGACGGCAAAGGAGUAAGAUGGAGCUGGCCACGCCGGUGAACAUUUUCCAGCAGGAAAAACUGUUUGUCGGUGAGCAGGCGAUCGUUAUACGGCGUUUCCUAGCGCUCGUGGGCUUAUAUUGUAGAAUAUCGGAUGAACUGGUAGUGGAGGGAUUGCUGAAGAAGGGUCUCGUCUCACGACUGGCGGGUGAUAUAAAGAAAAUCAGUAAUGCUAGCUUCCUGGUCGCACUUCACGGCAUGAUUACGGGUGCAGCAGCGCUACUGAACGGGAUUAGCUUCCGUUCCCGAAGAAUCAAACAGUACGGCAAAAAUGGUCCCCAGCUGAUCGAACUGUUCCGCUCGAUCGUACUCUGUCAAACCGAUGCACCAUCCUCGCUGGUAGAACUGUCCGACUUUCUGCGCCGUUUAUCACAGAUCACGGACGGCGGCACCGCGAGCAAGCUGCUUAACCGUCUCUGCAUCAGCCAUCAGCCGGUCGAAAAUCAACCGGGUCGUAAGCAGUAUCGCUUGAAAUCGAUCAGUUUCUCACAGGAAACCUGCACACUGCAGAUGUACGCCGCACUGCUGGAAGCAUCCGUCCGGCAUCACGUCCGGUACGAAGGAUGGCAGUUGAAACCGUUGCUUAAAAACACCGAAAAUACAAUCCACUUCCUGCGCAAUGUGUUGCUGCAGCCGGUCGGAUGGAUACAAUCGUUUUACGACCGAAACGAUCCGACCGGGUGUGAACUGUGCCACAUCCGGACGGUGGCGGCAUUCGUUGCGCUGCUGCACCGUGUGCUGCUGUGCUGGAAUCAACGAACGGUCCGGGAAGAAGCGGACGUACGGAGCAUCCAGCGAAUCGCGCAACACGCGACGCUUCUGCUGUACGAUCUGUUUCAGACGGCGUACCACAAGAAGCUGCUGCGGCUCGGUGGCCACACGGUGCGGUACCGUCUGCGGGCCGUGUACAAUUGGCUAAAGAUGUACGAGAAAGAGUUCCACUUCCUACACGUUCACAGCAUCACGCUCGGAAUGCUCGAUAUGAGGCUGCUGAUGAGCGAUCCGUUACGAUCCUCGCUCGAGACGGAUGGUGAAGAAUCGGAGCAAGAGAAGAAAGCGGGCACGAGUGAAGAUGAUCGUAAGAGCGACAGCAAAGCAAUAGUGACCGAAUUGUUUACCGGGUUUUUCGCUACGUACCACAGUAAUAAUGCAACCCUGUUAGAAUAGAGAGUCAUCCUCGCUCAUGGUAGGUGGGGACGCUUUUUCGCUACCAUUA